AUUAAAAAUAACAACAGAAAAUUCAAAAUUUCGAACAAAAUUUAAUAAAAAAAUUAAAAAUAACUAAAAAAAUUCUACAACAAGGCCACAAAAAUCCAAAUUAAAGUAUUUAAAGUUUAAAAAAAAUUCCAAAAAAUAACUUAGAAACAGUCAAACAACAAAUUGGCGACAUUGUUACCGCCUAUAAGUGCAUAAAAAUCAAAAAUAUUGCAAGUCAAUUGCAGUCUAAAAUCCAUAAAAAACACUUUCGUCUCAAAAACCCCUCCACGAAAUUCUCCGCCACCAGCCAAAUUGUUAUAUUUCGAUUGUGAAAUCAAAAAAAGUUUACACGAAAAAUUAAGUCUAAUUAAAUAAACAUUAAGUUAGCGCAGCCAAGUGUUUUGCCAACGAGAAUUUGUCGCCAAAAUACCGCCAAAAUUCAGCAAAAUAUAAAUAUGUUGCACGAAGCGCUCAUGCUUGAGAUCUACCGGCAGGCGCUCAACGCUGGCGCCUUGCCGACAGCACGUCCACGUUCCACAGAGUCGGCCAACUCAAGCGAGCGUUGUCCCUCACACGAUUCCAACUCCUCGGAGAAUGGUCGCGAUAGCCGCGAGAAUGCCAGCGCUGCCGCUGCCAAUGCUGCCGCGGCUGCAGCAGCUGCUGCAAGCGCCGGUAUGCUGCCCUUGCCACCCUCCAUGACUGCUACAUUCCCAGCUGUACCUCAGAAUCUGCCCGCACAGCCACCAUCAAUGGAGGCAUAUCUGCAAAUGGUUGCGGCCGCCGCACAGCAAUAUGGCUUUCCAUUGGGUGCCGCUGCCGGUCAUCGUUUUCAGCUGCCAUUACCAGCCGAUGCGCCAGCACCAUUCAAGCUGCCGCCACAGGCAUCACCCACCGCUUCGAGCAACAAUUCAGAGGCUUUAGACUUUCGCACAAAUCUCUUUGGACGUGCCGCCUCUGCGGAUCCGCCACCAUCCGAGGAGGAUGACGAGGAUGAGGAAGCCAACGAUGCUAAUAAUCCACUUGAUCUAUCGGUUGGUACGCGUAAGCGUUCGGCGGAUGGUGAUCAUGAACCUGACUCCACUAUCGGACAGAUACAAGUUAAGAAAAUUUUCAAAACCGAUAGUCCACCAUUGGUCGCACCACCACCGACGGUGCCCGCCGCACCGCUAUUGCCCGCAGUCAAUCCAUAUUUGGCAGCAGUUGCUGCAGCAAACAUCUUUCGCACCGGACAGUUUCCGGAUUGGAAUGGCAAGAAUGAUUUAGUUGUGGAUCCGUUAGAGAAAAUGUCUGAUAUUGUAAAGGGACCGCGUAAAGAGAAGUCUUCGCGUUCGUCAUCCAGCACACCAACAACACCGAUUGCUGCUGUGCCUCCACCUACAUCUUCCGCUUCCGUGAACACACAAAAUUCCACAACACUGACUGCCUCCACCGAGGGCAUGUCCAAGGCACGACACAACAUCUGGCAAUCGCAUUGGCAAAAUAAGGGUGUGGCCAGUUCGGUCUUCCGUUGCGUCUGGUGCAAGCAGAGUUUCUCCACGCUGGAAGCGCUUACCACGCACAUGAAGGAUAGCAAACACUGUGGUGUCAAUGUGCCACCGUUCGGCAAUUUACCCAACACCGAUCGUCACCAUCAGCCACCGCCACCACAGGCGAACAGCGGUCAGCAGCACUCGCACAAUCUACGUAAGCCACCGAAUAGUGGCGGCGGCUCGCAAUCAAACUCGUCUUCCACACCCUCCGCAGCGGCCAAAAAUGCGUUCCAAUAUCGCGGCGAUCCGCCAACACCGCUGCCGCGUAAAUUGGUGCGCGGUCAAAAUGUAUGGCUGGGUAAGGGUGUAGAGCAAGCCAUGCAGAUCUUGAAAUGUAUGCGUUGUGGCGAAAGUUUCCGUUCGCUGGGCGAGAUGACCAAACACAUGCAGGAGACACAGCAUUACACGAAUAUUUUGUCACAAGAACAAACGAUCUCAAUGAAGUCCUCCGGUGGCGGCGAUUCAAAGGAUGGUCACAACAGUCUGAGCUCGGAGGAAAGUCGCACACUCAGCGCUGUGCUGACUUGUAAAGUAUGCGAUAAAGCGUUUAAUUCAUUGGGCGAUCUCAGCAAUCACAUGGCCAAGAAUAACCAUUAUGCCGAACCGUUGAUGCAGUCCAUGGCCGGCAGCGCUGGCAGUCGCAAGCGUCCGGCACCAAAAAAGCGCGAGAAGUCGCUACCCGUGCGUAAGUUGCUCGAAAUGAAGGGCGCACAAAAUGACGCAGCCGAAAGCAUGGAGGCCAAGAUGCAGCGCACCUACGAGAAUGCCAAACGCAUGCCACUCGAGGGCACCGGCAUCGGACCGGGCAAUGACAAAUCAGAUGCUGCGCUAUUUGCCGAACGCAUGCGCCAAUACAUCACGGGCGUUAAGGUGACCGACGAUGAGGCUGCUAAGGCUGGCUUGAAUGUAAGCGGUUUAUUGAAUAAAACUAAGUCACCGGAUUUGGAGCCGAAAAAUGGCGCUACAAAGUCGGCAGCCGGCUCUUCGUCAGUGCUGAGCGCCAUUGAACAGAUGUUCACGACCAGUUUUGAUACGCCACCGCGUCAUGCCAGCUUACCAGCCACAAGCCCAUCAAAUUCGUCGACUAAGAACACCUCACCCGUUGCCUCGAGCAUACUUAAGCGACUGGGUAUCGACGAGACUGUAGACUACAAUAAGCCAUUAAUCGAUACAUCAGAUCCAUACUAUCAGCAUUACCGUUAUACGAGCAGCGAACGCAGCGGCAGUGAGUGCAGCGCCGAAACGCAUGUUGAGGCAAGAAAGAUGGAUGUGUCCACACCAGAGAAGCCACAAUCCAACGAAAUGCUGAGUUGCAUGGAACCAAAAUCAGCUGAAAUCAAACGUGAGCACGACUCACACAAACCAAAGUCCGAGCAUGGUGACGUCAUGAUGGAGCAAGCACCACAAAUCAAAAUGGAGAUCAAGUCUGAGAUUGAGGAGGAAGAGCGUGGCAAUGAAAGCCCACAAAAUGGCAGCGCCAACGACUCAGCUAUGCAACAUGUCGCCAAUGGCGCUGAUUUUUCAAUUACCAACAACAACAAUAAUAAUAAUAACAACAAAGAGCGUAGUGUUACACCCACCAAAUCGGUAGGUGCUAUUAGCCCCGUAAUGAAUAAGGCGCUCGCACCGCGCAGCCCCACCGAUAGUCAUCGUUCCAUUACACCAAAAUCGCCAGCAUCCAGUAUUAAAUCGUACGAUGGUGAGAAGAAAUAUCCGAGCGAUUCGUUGAAUGCACUCUCCUCCAUGUUCGACUCGCUCGGCAGUUCUAGUAAUACCACAACACCGAAUAGUCGUUCGCAGGCAUCGGCAAUGGCAGCGUCGUUAAGCAAUAAAAUCGAUUCACCGGAAAAUCUCACCACCUCAAAUUCGCUUGCUGCUUUACGUCAAUUUUGCAUAAAAAAAGAGAAAACCGCUUAAAUCUCAGCCUUUUGUUUUUCGUCUCGCGAGAGAGAAACAGAUUUCAAAAAUUUUUUGUUUGCCACCUGACGCCCUGGGUGUUGGGCUUUUUUGUGUACGAGUGGCGCGCUGCGGACGCGUCGUGUCCGAAUGCUUUUUACAAGCCGCACUCCGCUAUAAAAAGCUUUACGUGAUGCGGAAGUCGGAUAAAAAUAAAUCAAAUAAAAAAAUACUUAAAAAAACUAAAAAAAAAAAAAUAAAUAAAUAAAAAAAAUUCCAAAAAAAUAUCUGAGUGUGCGACUUUCCACAGCACUGCUUCAAACUACAAACGAAGAGUGGAAUAUGGUGAGAUAACAAAGACUCCAAGAAGGUUCUAUUCGAUUCUUCAAAGUUUGACGGCUGUUUUGAGGAAUGCGCCUACAAUGCGAAGAAAACAAAACGAGUGCGAGAAAUAUAGACGGAGAGAGAAAGAAAGUUAGAGGGAGAGAGUGUGCGAAAAGUACGUAAAUGAGUCCAACCGCGCAUUAUGGGCGGGCUCCUGUGUGGGCGAACGAAAACUUAGUUAUGCUGUGAUCGUCGGCUUUUUGUUGCGGCAGCUCGGGAGUACUCACCGUGUGUGCAUGACGGAAUGAGGGGUUUUCUCCCGACUACGGCAAGCUUGUACGGACAGUGAGCACACAGCAGCAGAGAGGAAGCAAACAAUUUUACAACAAAAAAAAAAUUAUAAAUAAAGACAAUUAUUGAUUGUGUAGAAUACAAUAUGAAACAAUAUUAACUUAAUGACCGAGGCAAAUGCAAAGACUAAGCAGUCCCGCCGACACAACACGAG